AUGUCUGCUCCAAACCCAAAGGCCUUCCCUCUAGCCGAUGAGACUUUGACUCAACAGAUUUUGGAUGUUGUCCAACAAUCUUCUAACUUGAGACAAUUGAAGAAAGGUGCCAAUGAAGCUACCAAGACUUUGAACCGUGGUAUCUCUGAAUUUAUCAUUAUGGCUGCCGACUGUCAACCUAUUGAAAUUUUGUUGCAUUUACCAUUGUUGUGUGAAGAUAAGAACGUUCCAUACGUUUUUGUUCCUUCAAGAGUGGCUUUAGGUAGAGCUUGUGGUGUUUCAAGACCUGUGAUUGCAGCUUCUGUGACCACCAACGAUGCAUCUUCUAUCAAAAACCAGAUCUAUGCUGUUAAAGACAAGAUCGAAACUUUACUCAUUUAG